GCAACCACACACACGCCGGCGAGAGGCGGUGACGCCAGCUCCCAGCUCCCAGUCCCAGGCGCCCUCUCCUUCUCGCUCGCGCUGGCUGCCAUGCUGCCCUUCGCUCACCCUGCGCGCCACCCCAGCCUCGGCCCCCUGCCUCCGCGGUGCGCUCCCUCUCGCGCUCGAGCCCGAGCUCGCCUACCCAACCGCGCCCGUACCCGGACGCGCGCCCGAGCGCGCCCUCCCAGCGCGGGGGCGGCCGAAACCGAGACCGCCUCUACGAGCGGCGGCGGCGGAAGCGUCCUGUCAUUCCUGUGCCCGCUCCUCAAGCUCCUCGGGGGAGGCGAUCCUUCGCAGGAGCGGAACGACGUCGUGGAGGUCACGACAUCUUCAAUUUCAAGUUUGGCCAGACUGCCAUGGGGAUCAAAAGUGGCUACUACCAGUGGAGAGAACACUGGUUCAGCAACAAGCGCUCCUACUCUGCAAUUGUACGAGUUUGAGGCAUGCCCCUUCUGUAGGAGAGUCCGGGAGGCCAUGACCGAGCUUGAUCUUUCCGCGGAGGUCUAUCCAUGUCCAAAAGGAUCACGAAGGCACAGGGAAAUGGUCAAGAAAAUUGGAGGGAAAGAGCAGUUUCCCCUGCUUGUUGAUGCUAGCACUGGUGUCACAAUGUAUGAAAGUGGAGAUAUUGUGAACUACCUGUUCAGACAGUAUGGACAAGGAAGGAGUCCUUCUUCUGGACUUCUUGAGAGUACAAUUUUCACAGGAUGGGUGCCCACUCUUCUUAGAGCUGGAAGAGGAAUGACACUGUGGAACAAAGCUGGUGUUGUACCUUCAGAGAAGUUGGAGCUCUUCUCGUAUGAGAAUAAUUCUUAUGCAAGGAUUGUUCGAGAGGCUCUCUGUGAAUUGGAGCUUCCUUAUGUCCUCCAGAACGUGGGAGAGGGAUCGUCUAAAAUGGAUGCGCUUCUAAGGAUUUCGGGUUCUAAACAGGUGCCGUAUUUAAUUGACCUUAACACCGGAUUCCAAUCGGGGGACUAUAAGAAGAUACUAUCCUACUUAUUCCAGCAAUACUCGAUUGCGGUAUUGUUUGCAAGGGACCUGCGCAACGGGAUCGUGGAUCGUGAUCAUCUUCGGCAGGCGCGGCGGCGCACCCGUGAGCCCCUCCUGUCAUCUCGUAGAAAAAAAAGGGGGAGCCGGACGCAGGGCAGGGAGCAGUUCGACGUCACGACGCUGCCGCGUUCGAUAAAAACAAACGCGUCGCCGGAUCGCUUUGCUUUGUUUAUACACCUGCGAGCCUGCGACUUCUCGAGCCGCGUGACGGAGGCGACUCGCCCGCGGGGGGGUGGGGGUGCGGGUUUGCAUCUCCUCACGAGCCGUCCGUCACCUUCUCCCUCGCGGAAGCAUCUUCUCCACAGCCUCGUUCUUGGUCUCGCCCUCUCGGGGAAUCGAAGGCAGGAAGGAGGAGCCAUGAGCAACGAGUUUGACUACCUGUUCAAGCUUCUCCUGAUCGGCGACUCCUCCGUCGGCAAGUCCUGCUUCCUCCUCCGGUUCGCUGAUGACUCCUACGUCGACAGCUACAUCAGCACCAUCGGUGUUGACUUUAAAAUUCGCACCAUUGAGAUGGAUGGGAAGACCAUAAAGCUGCAGAUUUGGGACACAGCCGGGCAGGAACGAUUCAGAACAAUCACAAGUAGCUACUACCGUGGAGCUCAUGGGAUAAUUAUCGUUUACGACAUCACGGACAUUGAGAGCUUCAACAAUGUGAAGCAGUGGCUGAGCGAGAUUGACAGAUACGCCAAUGACAGUGUAUGCAAGCUUCUCGUUGGCAACAAGUGCGAUCUGGCUGAGAGUAGGGCUGUUGAAACUGCAGUAGCACAGGCUUAUGCUGAUGAGAUAGGCAUUCCGUUCCUGGAAACGAGUGCUAAAGAAUCCAUCAACGUGGAGGAAGCUUUCUUGGCAAUGUCUGCAGCGAUCAAGAAAAGGCUUGGGCAUCUGAUGUGCAGCAAAGUUGGGAGUCAGGCAGCCCUGGAUAGGAAGCCCUCCAAUCUAGUUCAGAUGAAAGGCCAGCCACUUCAGCAGCAGCAACAGCAGCAGAAGAGCAGAUGCUGUUCGACGUGAAGGCAUAACGACCCUGUCUUGGUGUUUUUCAGGAAUCAGGAAGAUGGUAUAUCUGCUAUAUGUGUUUGUCUGCCUGAUCUUUUAUCAUCAGACACUUAUACAGUUGCAAAAAUGUACUAGCAAGAAACUCGAGAUAUUUAGGUGCUGCAAACAUCUAAUGUAAUCUGUGUCAGAACUAAGUGCCGAAAUUUGAUAUUGCAUCCGAAGAGUUCUACCA